UGUUCUGUCCCCGGCCUCCCAGAGCUGACAUCGCGCUGAUCGGACUGGCCGUCAUGGGCCAGAACUUAGUCUUGAACAUGAACGACCACGGCUUUGUGGUCUGUGCUUUUAACAGGACAGUCUCCAAAGUUGAUGACUUCUUGGCCAACGAGGCAAAGGGAACCAAAGUGGUUGGCGCUCACUCCCUGAAGGAGAUGGUCUCCAAGCUGAAGAAGCCCCGGAGGAUCAUCCUCCUUGUGAAGGCGGGCCAGGCUGUUGAUGAUUUCAUUGAAAAACUGGUGCCAUUGCUGGACGCUGGUGACAUCGUCAUUGACGGAGGAAAUUCUGAAUAUAGGGAUACAACAAGACGCUGUCUAGACCUCAAGGCCAAGGGAAUCUUAUUUGUGGGGAGCGGAGUGAGUGGUGGAGAGGACGGGGCCCGGUAUGGCCCGUCGCUCAUGCCAGGAGGCAACAAAGAAGCAUGGCCCCACAUCAAGACAAUCUUCCAGGGCAUUGCUGCCAAAGUGGGAACUGGAGAACCCUGUUGUGACUGGGUGGGAGAGGAGGGAGCUGGACACUUCGUGAAGAUGGUGCACAAUGGGAUAGAGUACGGGGACAUGCAGCUGAUCUGUGAGGCGUACCACCUGAUGAAGGAUGUUCUGGACAUGGAGCAGGGUGAGAUGGCACAGGCCUUUGAGGAGUGGAACAAGACGGAGUUGGACUCGUUCCUGAUUGAAAUCACAGCCAACAUUCUCAAGUUCCGAGACACCGACAGCAAGUACCUGCUGCCGAAGAUUAGGGACAGUGCGGGGCAGAAGGGCACUGGGAAGUGGACCGCCAUCUCUGCCCUGGAGUACGGUGUUCCUGUCACCCUCAUUGGAGAAGCUGUCUUUGCUCGGUGCUUAUCAUCUCUAAAGGAUGAGAGGAUUCAAGCUAGCAAAAAACUGAAGGGUCCCCAAAAGUUCCAGUUUGGCGGUGACAAGAAGUCAUUCCUGGAGGACAUUCGGAAGGCCCUCUAUGCUUCCAAGAUCAUCUCUUACGCCCAAGGCUUUAUGCUGCUGAGACAGGCAGCCACUGAAUUCGGCUGGACCCUCAAUUAUGGCGGCAUUGCCCUGAUGUGGCGAGGGGGCUGCAUCAUCCGGAGCGUAUUCUUAGGAAAGAUAAAGGAUGCAUUUGAUAGAAACCCAGAACUUCAGAACCUGCUACUGGACGACUUUUUUAAGUCAGCUGUUGAAAACUGCCAGGACUCCUGGCGGCGGGCAGUGAGCACUGGUGUCCAGGCCGGCAUCCCCAUGCCCUGCUUCACCACUGCCCUCUCCUUCUAUGAUGGCUACAGACACGAGAUGCUUCCAGCCAACCUCGUCCAGGCUCAGCGGGAUUACUUCGGGGCUCACACCUACGAACUUUUAGCCAAGCCGGGACAGUUUAUCCACACCAACUGGACAGGCCACGGUGGCAGCGUGUCGUCGUCCUCCUACAACGCCUGAUCAGGCUGUGCCUGCUACCCUUCUCGGCUCCACAGGCAGGACAUUCCAUGUACCACACUCUGCCAACGUGGCCCUCUGCCCUCCUUUCUGCUCAGAUCUUUUAAAAUACAGUAUCAUACGAGACUCCUGAAAACAGCAAAUCGUUUUUGUGAAGUAGUUUUUGAGAGCCCUCAUGCCCCUGCCCCUGCCUCCUGGUACAGACCGGGAACUGAUCAUGCACAUGAAAGCUGGAGCCAGCUCCUCGGUCAUUUCCACAUGUCCCCUCUGGGCUGGUGAGGCUCUUGUCACAUGGCUGGGAAGCGUGUACAGUCUGGUCGUACUGGAAGCUCUGUGCCACGCAGCCGAAGCCCCUUUUUCCUUUAGUCAAUAAAAGCUACUUUAUGUUUA